UGUAUUUAAAGGUUGUGAACCGAGGGACGUUUGAAAUCAAACUAGUAGCAUUUGAGGGAAGUGUUUGCCAGCGGCCACAUUGGAAAUUAUAUUGGCGAAUAUGGAUUCUUCUUCCAGACUCAAGAUGACAAAGGACAUGAAACACAACAAAGUGAAGACAAGCAUGGAUGGUCCAAAGCGGAUUCCCGUGUCACAGCCGUCUCAGUCGGCUGUAGUUGCACCACCUCCACAUCAGCGAGUUCUAGGCUUGUCAAAUGGACCUCAGCGCAUUCAGCGUCCUAUGAGCCACCAGAAAUCUGCAUCUCAUGUCUCGGUUGUUGUCAAAUCUGCAAACCCCGCUGAUCAGAAUGUUAACCCUACUACUCUGAGUAGAAGUCGGGCAAUGCAGCCCAAACGUGUGUCUCAGCAAAUCCAACCAAAGGCAAUCGUGCCCAAGGCGAUUCCAGAGCCAGACAGGCCCCCAUCGGAACCGGCAAAGCUGGAGAAGCCACAGACCAAACUUCCUAAGAUUGAUGCUGCAAAAGCCUCUUCAACAGAUAGCCACCGAUGGAGCCUGGGGAACUUUGACAUUGGCCGUCCCUUAGGAAAGGGUAAAUUUGGCAAUGUGUACCUCGCCAGAGAGCAACAGAGUAAGUUCAUCUUGGCCCUGAAGGUGCUCUUCAAGAAGCAGCUUGAGAAGGCGGGGGUUGAGCACCAGCUGAGGAGGGAGGUGGAGAUCCAGUCUCACCUCAGGAGAUCUACGCUGUGUGGAACACUGGACUACUUGCCUCCUGAGAUGAUUGAGGGGAAAACUCAUGACGAAAAGGUUGACCUGUGGAGUCUGGGCGUCCUUUGCUACGAGUUCCUGGUUGGAAAGCCCCCCUUCGAGACUAAAAGUCACGAAGAGACCUACCGCAAGAUUUCAAGGGUUUUGGGUGGAGGGACACAAUGA